CACUGCCACGUACACGGCCACACUGAGGCUCGCGUUCAUUACAAGUUUGUUAUUCUUUUUAGUUUAAAAGCAUUUUAGUUAAGUUAACCGAAGCGCACAAAGAAGUUAUAAGAUAAUCAUGUCCGUCCUGAUACGCAGUGCCUUUCUGCUCCUCACGCUGGCCGUCUGCGGCAGCUGGGCCAUUCGUUGCUACCAGUGCUCCUCCGACCAAGAUCGCAAGGGUCACGACAGUUGUGGAGCCUACAAGCGGUUCAAUCGCACGGAGCACAUUGCCAUCGAAUGCAACAGCGACGAGAGCCACAUGCCAGGAUCCUUCUGCAUGAAGGUGGUGCAGCAAGGUCCCCGCGGAUUCAUCUGGGACGGUCGCUGGCGUCAGGUUAUCCGACGAUGCGCAUCCGUUUCGGAUACCGGAGUAACUGGAGUCUGUAAUUGGGGCGUUUACGAAAACGGUGUGUACUGGGAGGAGUGCUACUGCUCUAGUGACAGCUGCAAUGGGUCCAGUCUUAUGCAAAUGCACGGAUCCCUUCAGCUGCUCUUGGCUUUCCUGCUAAUGGGCGCCGCCUCAAGGAUUGCAAGGAGCUAAGACACAAAUAUGCCUCAUUAAUACAACAAAAAAGACAAAUUGUGCCUUUACACACACACUUUUACUAAUCUUUAAGCUGAGAAUGACUUUUGAUAGCAGAAUGACAUUCCGUCCACAUUUCCAUUUCAUAAAGUUAAGUUAGAAAGUUGAAAAGUUAAUCUAGAUCUUGUGACUUUACGGCAGGUCGAUUUAUCAAACGAAGAAGCAGAGCAGUGAGCAUUUGCUGAACAAAGCAAUUAUGACUUGGAAACUUAAAUUUUAAAGCAAAUGAUUUAUAUCUUCUAUCAAAUGAUUUAUAUUUUUUAGAUUGCAUAAAAACAAGCCUAAAUCAGAAAAUAUCCACAUUAUAAGUACUAAACAAUAUAAGGAAACAGUUUCAAGUCAAAAUUGCUUAUAAGUCGUAGAAGAUUUCUUCUGCUACGUUAAUAAAAUUGAUCUGCCAUAUUGUACACCGACUCUAAGCCUUUAAGCUACGAAUAUUGUACAUUCAAAGUAAAUUCUUAAGCCAGAAAGUUGUACACUUUGAAUCUCGAGCAAUACACCCACAGUCGAAAUAUAUGUCUCCGAAAUGAGUUUUUACACAA